UAUGCAAAUUACAAAAGCCGUACAAAUAGCUUAAGGACUUCCAAAAGCCAUUAUUCAAUUUUAGAAUCAAAUGUCAAAAACAGAUCGAGGGCCUAAGCAGAAGUGUAGUAGUUAAAACGUACGAAGACAACUCAAUUCCUGUAACUAUGAAGUCUUUCAUUCAAUUUUCCAAUUGAGACACUCUUGAAACCAAGCUAAAAGGAGCCAUAAAGGACUAAAGGCAUAAUGUCAAUCACAAUAGAUGAAGCCUUCGAGCAGAUCGGCAGCAUGGGUCGCUACCAACUUCGUUUACUUGCCAUCUUCGUCUUCUGCGCUUUUUCAGUGGUUGGAUUCCAGACCCUACUUAUAACCUUCAUAGCCGCUGAACCGGGUUGGAGAUGUGCCGAUAACAGCACUGCCUGUAAUCUUACUGGAGUGCACAAACCAGCAAGCAAGCAUUAUAACUUUAGAUGUGACUUAGAUAGAAGUGACUGGGAAUUCACUGACGAUUACACCUCCGCUGUGACUCAGUGGAACCUCGUGUGCAAAGACUCCAUUCUACAGAGUGUGUCAUCCUCUUCUAUCUUUGCUGGCUGGCUGCUAGGUGCCAUCAUCCUCAGCUGGAUAUCAGACAAGACUGGAAGACGCAAAGUCGCGUACUUUGGUGCUCUUGGAGUCGUUGCAGCCGCCCUGUUAAGCGCAGCCUCGCCAUAUUUUUGGAUGUUUGUGGUUUGUAGAGCUAUCGUUGGCUUCUUCGUAGGUAAUGUAAUUGCCAAUUUGUUUGAUUUCCUCUAAAGACCUUUUCAAAAGUCGACUCGUUAACCGGUGGUUGGUUGGUAGGUAGGUAACAUAGGUAGGUAGGCAGGUAGGUAGGUA